GAUGUUUUUAUCUGUUCCUUGUCUAGAGUAUAUUGAAUCGGACGACUCUCUCUCUCUCUCUUUCCCCAGCUUUCCAUCUUCUCCCGUGAGUUCAUAUCCCAGUCUCGUCAUAAGUCUCUCUGCACUUUUCACCUUCCUAACAAAUCCUCCGCUUUACGUGUAUCUAAAUUUUAGCAGACCACAAUAGAAUAGGCAACAAGAAGGCAUUUCCUGUUUUCUGAGAGGCACUCUUGCUUUUUCUUCGUCGGGCUUGAAAGCAAAAAUCAAGGGCAGAUCAGAGCGAGGACGAAAUGCAUCGCCUCAUUUUUGGGUAUUCUUUCGCCGAGCUCGUGGCACCGAUCCUUCUCCUCGGGCUUACGUUAUAUUUUCUCAAUAAGAAGAAAGCUAGUGUGCGUGGAAAUGCAGAUGAUGCUGAUACUGGCACAUAUGAUUCGAUGAUUGUGCCGAUAGAUACUAAUUCCGUUGGAUCUAGUUCGUCUCCGACAGAAACUAACAACAAUGCGUCUAGUUCUUUGACAGUGUCAACUGGAAACCACUACGAGGCAUUCUUGAGCUUCAGAGGCCUAGAUAUUCGACAUGGCUUCGCCGAUCACCUCUACCAUGGGCUCCGCAGAGUCGGAAUUCACACUUACAGAGACGAUGACGAGCUUCAACAAGGCGCGGACAUCAGACCAGAGCUUAUGGCAGCCAUCACAAAUAGUAAGGUCCUGAUCCCCAUUUUCUCUGUGAAUUAUGGUACAAGUAGUUGGUGCCUGGAUGAGCUGGUUCAAAUAAUGGAGCGCAAGAAUAAUAACGAGCAGAAAGUGCUGCCUAUAUUCUACAAAGUUAAACCAGCUGAUGUGGGACAUCAAAUCGGGAGUUUUGGAAAGGCAUUUCACGAGCGUGAGAAGCGUUUGCUUAAGAGGUCUUCUUUUAACCCAGCGAUUUUGGAGAAAUGGAAGCAAGCACUCCUUGAAGUCAGCAACUUGAAAGGACAUGAAGCCGAUGGGUCUGAAGUAGAGUUGGUGAAAUUGGUUGUCCAAGAAGUGUUGAGUGAACUGAAGAAAAAGUUUGAGUUGAUUGUUUCUGAUAAUUUGGUCGGAAUUGCUGGUCAUGUGAACAACAUUAUGGAACUUCUGGAUGAUAAAUCUCAUGCCCUCCUAUUUGUUGGCAUCCAUGGAAUGGGAGGCAUUGGUAAAACUACUCUUGCUAAAACCGUUUACAACGAGCUAUCCAAUCAAUUUGAGCAUCGCAGCUUCAUUGCUGAUAUAAGGGAAUCAUGGAAGCGUGGAGCUCAUGUUUUACAGAAUCAGUUAAUCUAUGAUAUCUCGAAUAAAAGAAAUGAAGCUCAUAAUAAGGAUGAAGGAAUUAAUUUCAUCUCCUCCAGGUUUAAAGAUAAAAAGGUCCUUCUUCUUCUUGAUGAUGUGGAUGAUGUUGAUCAAGUGAAGUGUUUAGCCGGUAAGCAUGAUUGGUUUUCUUUGGGAAGUAUAAUCAUUAUUACCUCCAGAAACAAGAGAAUUCUUGAAGUAGCUGGGGUGGACCACAACUAUGAACUUACAGAAUUGGAUUACGAGCAAUCUUUGAUUUUGUUUAGCAAACAUGCGUUUCGAAAGGACGUUCCUCCAAGUGAAUUUGAGGGCCUCACUCGUGAAGUUGUAUUCACCACCGGAGGACUUCCCUUAUGCCUCGAGGUUUUAGGUUCAUUAUUGUGUGGAAAGGAAUCAAAAGAAUGGAGAGAUGUGAUAAAAAAGUUAGAAAAGAUCCCUCGUAUAGAAGUGCAAGAAAAGUUAAGGAUAAGUUAUGAUGUAUUAGACAAUGGACAAAAGCAAAUAUUUUUGGAUAUCGCUUGCUUUCUCAUUGGCACUGACAAGAGAAUCGCAUUCUACAUGUGGGACGCUUGUGACUUUUUUCCAGGGGAGAAUAUUGAAGUGUUGACAUUUAUGUCAUUAAUAAAAAUUGGAGAUGAUCUUGAGUUCCGAAUGCAUGACCAAUUAAGAGAUCUCGGUAGAGCAAUUGUUCGUGAGGAAAAUGAGCAGCAGCCUUGGCACCGUAGCAGGUUAUGGGACUCCGAGGAAGCCUUGAAAGUGCUAAAGAGAAACAAGGGAACGGACAAGAAUGAGGCUAUUGAUCUAAGUAAAGGCAACUCAGAAGGCCUCGGCAAAAUAGAUGAGCGAGAUGGCAACAAUUACACAGCAGAACAAUUCAAAAAAUUGACGAGUCUAAGAUUCCUUUUCAUGAAAGGGGCACAUCUUAGUGGAGAUUUUGAGGACUCAAUGGAGGAGUUAAAAUGGCUUCAAUGGCAAAGUUGUCCUGCGAGUUUUGAAGUAAACAAUUUUCACAUGCGGGAAUUAGUUGUACUUGAAUUGAAACGUAGUAAGAUAAAUGAGAAAUGGGAAGGAUGGAGUUUUUUCAAGAUGGCAAAGAAGCUUAAAUAUCUAGACCUUUCAUUUUGUCGAUCCUUGGAAAAUACUGACUUCCUCUCAGCUUUUGAGAAGUUAGAAGUUCUCAUCCUCAGGGGUUGUGGGAGACUAAAGCAAAUCGACGCUUCCAUUGAAGACAUUAAGGGCCUCCUACGCUUGGAGCUGGACAAUUGUUUCUACCUCAGGGAGCUUCCAGCAGAAUUAGGUAAAUUAAAAGCACUGCAGCAACUCAAUCUAUCCGAAACUCCAUUCCUUUUUGCAUUACUAGAUAGCAUAGGGUCUUUGGAGAAUCUAGAGAUUCUAGAUAUUACUCACAGUGGUAUAGAAGAAUUACCCAAUGGUAUUGGGAGUCUGAGAAAGCUCAGAGAGUUAUGUGCUUGUGCUUGCAAAAAUCUGACAGGGAUAAUGGUAGAAAGCAUGUGUAAUCUUUCUUCCCUACGACGCCUUGAUUUUAUAGACUGCUUCAAGCUCCAAUCGCUGCCGGACCUUCCUUCCGGCUUAACAUAUUUGGGCGUCACCUGUCAAAGUCGCAAAUUGCCUUCGCUUUCCCACCUACCCCAUCUCAAGCAACUACAAGUUAGGGAUUGCGGAUUUAUCCAGUGCAUCCAGGAGCUUCCAUCAAUGCAAUUAAAGAGUUCAGAAUGCUCCCAACUGACGGACAUUGAAGAAAUGGAAUCACCACAAUCCCUAAACACGCCCUUCAAAUUCGAAUCCUUGGAAGUCUGUUGGUGUGAAUCUAUCAAAAUGCUGGACGUUUCACAGUUUGUCCAUCUAAGGACAUUAGUUGUUUGCUGUUGCAUGGAUCUAUUUGAAAUUCGAGCUCUUGACAAAUUGAUAUAUUUGGAAAGCUUGGAGAUCAAAAGGUGUCAUUUAAUCAAAUAGGUGGACCUUCCAAAACUCGAGCUCAAGGGUCUGAAGAAAUUGACUAUUAAGACAUGCGACAAAUUAGCCGAAAUUCAAGGCCUUGAUAGGUUGGAGUAUUUGGAAAUGCUAGAUAUCUUUGAGUGCACUUCAAUGAAAAGGCUAGACCUUCCAA